AUGGCGUCUCAAAACCAGUCAGACCAUCAACUCCCCUCCCAAACAAUUCCUUCAUCUGCCCAAUUUAUCGAUCAAUUGAUCUCCCACCUCUCCACCUUCACCGUCCCGCCCGUAGACAGUAAUCAUGAUCACCGGCAUCAACCACCAGCCCGACACCACCGCACACCCUUCUCUACUCUCCCUCCAUCUCAAAUGGCAGAAGUCAAGGCAACAAUGUUAACACUCCACUGCAUCUUUCCAAAUGAGCUUCUUCUCGCUCUGGACAUUUUGGAUAGGAACCUAGUGAACCGGUUCAUAUGCAACGACACGACCAAUACCAGCAGUCAAACAUCUCACCCUACAACCGACCAUCAUUCUUCAACAACAAAUGCUACCACCAAAGACAUACCUGAUGUCUUUUAUGUCCGCUCAGCAUCUACCAUUUCCCCCGACCAAAGCGACCCAUUCUCAACCUCAACGUCAACCUCAUCAUACCACGCCAAAGAACCAGACCCAAAAGGCUACGAAGUCCGCCUAAAGGCGUGGAACUGCACGUGUCCUACUUUUACCCUGAAUGAAUUUCGAGACUCAGGACCCAUUGAAUCCGAAGAGGAUUCAUCCUCCACCACUGAUCACGAUGGCCCGUCCUUAACAAAGGAUAAGUACUAUCCAUUCGGGGGUUCGUUAACCAGGAACUUUACUCGCUCCUCUCCUCCCGUGUGCAAGCACCUUCUGGCCUGUUGCCUGGCCGUGCGGUGUCCGAGUCUUUUUGGGGGCGGAGAAGGGAGGUCUGUUUCCAUUGUCAGUGCGGAGGAAUUGGCGGGCUGGUGUGCUGGGUGGGGUGGAUGA